GUUCGGCCCCCACGAUGGUCUUAACCCAACUCACCUUCUGACCCCAUGAUGGCUCCUCGUUUUUGGACUGCGCUUUGGGCGCUCACUCUUGGCCACGCUGUUGUGGCCGCGCCACAGAUAUUAUUGGCCCCUCGUGCGACAGGUAGCUUAGAUACCUGGUUGGCGUCUGAGACUGCGGUGGCAAGACAGGGUAUCUUGGAUAACAUCGGAUCAGCGGGUGCCAAUGCUGCGAAUGCAAAGCCGGGCAUUGUAGUCGCCAGCUCGAGUACCUCUGACCCUAACUACUAUUAUACUUGGACUCGUGACUCGGCCCUGGUGUUCAAAACUUUGGUUGAUAUGUUCAAGAACGGCGACAGCGCAUUGUUGGAUGUUAUUGAAGAAUAUAUCAGUGCGCAGGCCUAUAUCCAGACUGUAUCAAAUCCAUCUGGAGGUCUUUCCGGUGGCGGUGGAUUGGGAGAGCCCAAGUUCAACGCCGAUGAGACAGCUUUCACUGGCUCUUGGGGUCGCCCUCAGCGUGACGGACCAGCCUUGCGGGCCACUGCAUUGAUUUCGUUUGGCCAAUGGCUUAUCGAUAACGGGUACACCACCUACGCGGCCAAUAUUGUCUGGCCCGUCGUGCGCAACGAUCUCUCCUAUGUUGCCCAGUACUGGAAUCAGACCGGAUUUGAUCUCUGGGAAGAAGUUUCUGGCUCAUCGUUCUUUACCAUCGCGGCUCAACACCGCGCCUUGGUAGAGGGAAGCACGUUCGCGAGCCAAGUUGGCUCCUCGUGUUCGUACUGUGACUCUCAGGCUCCGCAAGCCUUGUGCUUCCUACAGUCUUUCUGGACUGGAUCUUACAUUCUGGCCAACUUUGGUGGUGGCCGCUCUGGCAAAGACGCCAACACCCUGCUUGGCAGCAUUCAAACUUUCGACCCGGAGGCAGGAUGCGAUGAUACCACAUUCCAACCUUGCUCAGCUCGAGCACUCGCAAAUCACAAAGUUGUGACUGAUUCAUUCCGAUCUAUCUACACUGUCAACUCUGGUAUUGCUGCGGGCAAGGCUGUUUCUGUUGGUCGAUACCCAGAGGACUCAUACUACAAUGGUAACCCUUGGUACCUGUGCACUUUGGCUGCAGCUGAGCAGUUGUAUGAUGCUAUAUACACGUGGAACCGUAUCGGUUCUUUGACAAUCACUUCUGUCUCUUUGAGCUUCUUCAAGGAUCUGUACAGCUCUGCUGCAACCGGCACCUACUCCUCGUCCAGUGCUACGUACUCCUCCAUUGUGAGUGCUGUCAAGACAUAUGCGGAUGGAUAUGUUAGCAUUGUGGAACAAUACGCUGCGUCCAGUGGCUCCUUGUCUGAGCAAUUCUCCAAGUCAGAUGGCUCUCAACUCUCCGCUCGUGACCUGACUUGGUCCUACGCAGCUCUGCUUACUGCCAACGAACGUCGAAAUGCUAUAGUCCCUGCACCAUGGGGUGAGACAUCUGCCAGCAGUGUCCCUGGGCAAUGUCAAUAUACUUCGGCUAUUGGUACUUUCAGCAGUGCGACAAACACCGCCUGGCCUACCACUUUGACUAGUGGAUCAGGCGGUGGAACUACCACCAAGACAACUACCACUACGACCACGAAGACCACCUCGACAACAACGUCAUGCACCACUCCGACCGCCGUUGCAGUGACAUUCAACGUGAUCGCCACUACUGUAUAUGGCCAGAACAUCAAGCUUGCUGGGUCUAUCUCUCAGCUUGGCUCCUGGUCCCCAAGCAGUGCGAUUGCGCUGAGCGCUUCCUCAUACACUACGAGCAACCCUCUGUGGUUUGUGACUGUGACACUUCCAGUGGGUACUAGCUUCACCUACAAGUUCAUCCGAGUGGAGAGUGAUGGAACCGUUACGUGGGAGAGUGACCCGAACCUGUCGUACACUGUUCCCGCCACGUGCGGUACCACAGCUGUCACGGUUAGUAAUACCUGGAGGUGAUAAUGUCCAGGGAAUGGAUCCAAGGCAGUUGGAACUAGAAGUUUCACUUUUUUAGCUUCUCGCUGCUUUGGCAGAGUUUUAGACUCCUCCGUUGCAGAUCGUGUUGUGGUCGUUCUAUCGCACUAGAAUAGCAGCAUGACAAUGAAGAUUUAUUUGAGUAUUACCUUUACGACUAUAAGUAUUGCGUGAAUUGUGUUCCCUCUGCGAUCUAUUCUGCCGUCGGCAGACGGUAUUUGGGCCGGCGUUCUCAUUGACCAGUGUUGGACCGAAGAAGCGUACGAGGAUAGAGCUAAUACUAUUGUUGAAACUUUGGAGGGUCUGGAAAAGGUUCUUCCUAUCGAUUCAUGGAUUUAACAGUAUGCUUGGGUGAUAUUUUGCUGUGAUAUUUUGGAGUGUCUUCAUUUUCCUUUUUGAUGCCGUUUUUUAAAUCUUUCUUCAAUCCUCUACAAACUAAUUCACAUGCAUCUGGCUUAUUCAGAGCUAGUCUAGCGCAGAGCCAAUAAUAAGCAAGUCGGCAAUGAUUCCUGCUUAGCCCUCGGCUGCCCCUGAACCUGUCGUGAGAGU